AUGGAAGCCUCACCGCUCACAAAGGCGCACGACCACGCGCGAGCCGCCGCCGUGGCCACUCGCCAGUCCGCCGACACCACCGUUGCCAUCAGCGAGCACACGCUGGCCGCCGGCGAGUUCGCCAACGCCGCCAGCCUGACGUCGAGCGUCGAGGCCCUGCGUACGCUCAAGCUGCUGGAGGAGCACCACCGCAAGCUGGCCGAGAUCCUCAAGCUGCCGCCGGAGCAGGUGCCGCACGCGCGCGACGAUGGCCACGGCGAGAAGGCGGCCUCCGAGAAGGCUCCCGACGGCGGCGACGCGGCGGGCGACGCGGGCGACGCUCUGCAGGCCGCGGCCGCAAAGACCCAGCAGCCGCCCGGGCUGGCCUCGCAGCGCCGCUACGUGCCCCGCGAGAUGUCGUCGUCCAUCGCCAGCAACCUGGCCUCGGCGAGGGGCAUCCGCUCCAAGGACCGCGGCCAGCCGCUCAGCCCCAGCGUGUCCAACGACCAGGCUCCCGGAAACCUCGAUCCCCAGGCCAAGCGCGAUGCCUCCAAGGCCAAGAUGCAGACUAUCAUGGACCGCCAGUCCGGCCGCCCGACCUGGGUCCCGCCCAUGGCUGCCGCGCCGAACAAGCAGCAACACCAGCAACAGCAGCAUCUUCAGGGAGCGGCAGCAGCCGGCGGCGCGUCGCCAAAGGUCGACCAGGGCUCUGCGGCGAGGGACGACGGCGGCUAUACCCGCUUCUACAACACCUUUGGUAGCCUCAUCCACAAGAUCUCUGCGCCCCUUGCCUUUGCCGGUCUGCCGCUCAUCCAGGAAGAGCCCGCCACGCCUGCGGAGGCCGCCACGCCGUCUUCUCCCAGCGUCAACCUGUCUCCCACGAAGCAGUCUCGCGCCCGCGCCUCCCCUUCUGCCACCGCCGAUCCGGAUCUCUCCAAGAUUUACUCAAAGGCCACCAUGCGAGCCCUCGUCCGCGAUGGCCACACUGCUGCCGAUUCGUUCUACGUUGUUCCCUCUACCGGUCACACCAUGUCCUAUGCCAAUAUUCUCAGUUAUGCCGAGAAAGAGAAACGCCGCCUGGAAGCCUCGACCCAUGGUGAUAUGCUGCCACAGGACGAAGACGACGAUGACUUUGUUGACGCCCGUGAAGCCCCUGGCUCUGUACAUGCCCGCCGCCGGAUUACGCGCACCCACUCGGAAAAGGAACUGUACAACACCAUCGAGGAGCUCAGUCUGGAAAACAAGUCUCUCAAGGAUAUGCUGGACAAGCUCUCCAAGCGCCUCCACACGUUCGAAGCCAGCGCCCAGAGCUCCGCCCUCGCCCUCGCCGAAAGCUACCGCAUCAUGCCCGGCGGCUCGCCCCUCCCCGGGGGAAGCGGAAGCGGCAAGGCAACCGACGAGGAGCUGGUGCGCAAGAACCACGAGUUGGAGGAACAGCUGUCGGAAAUGACAAAGCAUAUGGAGCGCCUGGAAAAGGACAACCGCAAGAUGCAGAAGACGCUGGAGAAGUACCGCGAGAAGUGGGAGACGCUCAAGGCGGGCGCCAAGGCGAGGCGGGGGGCGCAGUCGACGACGGGGGAGAGCGUGGAGGAUGCGCGGUCUCAGGUGUGA